AAGCGCCGGGUCCUGCAGGUUUGGCCACGACAACCCCCCUGCGGUGCUACGGGUCGGGCACAGAGUGGCUGGAGAGCAGCCAGGCAGAGAGGGACCUGGGGGUUUGGAUCGACAGGAAGCUGAACAGGAGCCAGCAGUGUGCCCGGGCGGCCUGGGCCUGGAUCAGGAACAGCGUGGCCGGCAGGACUUAGGGAAGUGGUUCUUCCCCUGCUCUUGGCGCUGGUGAGGCCUUGCCGUGGGUGCCGUGUCCAGUUCUGGGCCCCUGAAUCCAGGAAGGACGUUGAGGGGCUGGAGCGUGUUCAGAGAAGGGCGGUGGAGCUGGCGAAGAGUCUGGAGCACAAGUCCUGUGCGGAGCAGCCGAGGUGACUGGGGCUGUUCAUCCCGGAGAGGAGGAGGCUCAGGGGAGACGGGAAGGGAGGUCGUAGCCAGAUGACCGUCGGUCUCUUGUCCCAGGCAACGAGCAGUAGGACAAGAGGACACAGUCUUAAGUUUAGGUCGGACAUCAGGAAGAAGUUCUUCACGGGAAGAGUGAUCGGGCACUGGAAUGGGCUGCUCAGGGAGGUGGUGGGGUCACCACCGUUCCUGGAGAUGUUUAAGGGAAGACUGGAUGUGGCACCGAGUGCCACGGUCUAGUUGGCAAGGCGGUGUUCGGUCGUAGGUCGGACUCGACGAUCUCGGAGGUCUUUUCCCGGCCCGGUUGAUUCCGUGGUUCCGUGACGUUCCCCCGUGUUCCUCUCCCCGCAGUGCCAUGGCGACCGCGCUGUCCCGGCGCCUGGGGAAGCGCUCCCUGCUCGGCACCCGCGUCCCCGCCGACGGGAUGCAGAUCCCGGGGUUGCAGCCCGAGCCGGGCCGGGCUCCUGCCGCCCCCGAGGACGGAUCCUGCGCGCUCUCCGUGGAGGAGAACGGCCGGGCUCCCGGAUUCUCCGGCCUCCGGCAGCUCCACUCCGGGCAGCAGGUCCUCGUCACCUCCAACGGGCAGGAAUGUGAGCAGGGGAAGGUGCUGCUGCCAGAGCAGGGCUCGCAGGGCUGCUGGAGGGUGCAGGACACGCUCCAACCUCCCGCCGGGAUCCUGCAGAGAUCCGUGUCCAGCAGCAUCGACGUUCCCAAGAGGUCCGUGCCUUCUCCCGGCGGGAUCGCUCGGGCGGGAGAGGGGGCUCCCGUUUUCCGCCGGCGGGGAGCGGCGAUGCCACGGAUGUCCUCCCGGGCAUCCUGCGAUCCCUGGAAGGAGAGCGGGGACGUCUCGGACAGCGGGAGCAGCACCACGAGCGGGCACUGGAGCGGGGCCAGCGACAUCUCGACGCCCUCGCCCCCGCACCCCGCCGGCAGCCCCAAAUACUCGGGCGAGGCCCUGAGCUCCCCCCGGGCCGACGACGGCUUCGAGACCGACUCCGACCCCUUUCUCCCGGAGGAACCCGCCCCCCGCAAGAGGAAGAGUGCUGCUGUCAUGCUUUGGAGCUUGGGAUUGCAGCUGGGAAGGGGCAGAUCCAUCCCCAAAAAAGCAGGGACACGGAGACACCUUUUCACCACCACCCCCUUCUUUUUUUGUUCCAGGGACGGCGCCGACUCGGAGCAGCGGAAGCGGGAGGAGGAUUUUUACUACACCGAGGUGCAGGUGAAGGAAGACCCAACCCCAGAGGUGGCCACCACCACCACCACCACCGCCACCACCCCCAGCCCCAUGGCCACCUCGGCCCCCAUCAUCAUCCAGCAGGCCCUGGCGCGGCCGGAGCCGCUCCUGCUGGAGCAGCCGGGGCUGGAACCCGCCCUGGCCGGCGCCGCCCUCAGCCAGUCGGCCCCCGGCUCCUUCUGGCACAUCCAGGCGGAUCACGCCUACCAGGUGAGCCGGGAUCGCCUCCCCGGGCCCUCGGGAUCGCCCCCGGGAAUCUCUGGAAGGGCAGAGGGUCGUGGCGAGGUUGGCUCCGCGAAUCCCGCGGCGGGAGGGACGCGCUGUCGGCCCCGGAGCGGUUUCCCUGCGGCCCUUGGGCAACCAGCUUCCCUAAAACCUGGUUUUUAGGGAUUUGGGUGCUUGCUCCUGGCUGGAGGGAUGUCCUGUUAUCCCUGGAGAGGUUUCCCUUCAGCCCUUGGGCAACCAGCUUCCCUAAAACCUGGUUUUUAGGGAUUUGGGUGCCUGUUCCUGGCUGGAGGGACAUCCCGUUGUCCCCCCUGAAGCUCCAAGAGGUUUCCCUUCAGCCCUUGGGCA